GUGGGAAAAGUGUUUUUAGAUCCGGCGGCCAGGCCGCCAUAGCAAAGUACAGAGAGUAUCUCGCAUGUUGGCGUGACUCUCCGGGAAAAAAAGGAUAAAUAUUCAGACCAAGCGUUUGGUCUGACUGUGGGGGCUUGAUGGAGAAAAUAGGAAAGAGAUUUCAAGGAAAAGUGGUGAUAGUGACAGCUUCAACUCAAGGCAUAGGCUUUGCAAUUGCUCAACGUCUUGGCUUAGAGGGUGCUUCUCUUGUCAUCUCCUCUCGCAAACAGAAGAAUGUAGACGAGGCUGUGGAAAAGCUCAAGGCGCGGGGAAUUGAAGUGUUAGGGAUGGUUUGCCAUGUGUCCGAUGCUCAACAGAGAAAGAAUCUCGUUGACAAAACUGUUCAGAAAUAUGGAAAAAUUGAUGUGGUCGUGUCCAAUGCUGCUGCGAAUCCAUCUACCGCCACCAUUUUGGAAAGUAAAGAGUCGGUCCUUGAUAAGCUAUGGGAAGUUAACGUGAAAACAGCUAUACUUCUUCUGCAGGAUGCAUCUCCACAUUUAACAAAAGGUUCAUCUGUUAUUUUUAUUUCCUCCAUUGGUGGCUACAAUCCGGCAUCCUCAAUGGCCAUGUAUGGGGUGACGAAAACAGCCCUCCUAGGACUUACCAAGGCUCUUGCAACAGAACUGGCCCCUAAUACUCGAGUUAAUUGCGUUGCACCUGGUUUCGUACCAACACACUUUGCCGAUUUUAUCACAAAGAAUGAGACUAUGAGAAAAACCAUUGAGGGAUCCACGUUACUCAACCGGCUUGGAACUACAGAUGACAUGGCGGCUGCCACUGCUUUUCUGGCUUCUGACGAUGCUUCCUAUAUAACUGGAGAAACAUUGGUGGUUGCUGGUGGAGUGCCUUCCAGGCUGUAGCGCCAUAUUCUGCUAUGCUCUACAAAGCUUUUUUUUUGUUCCCUCAGUUCUCCUUGUAGAGUGUCUUGUAAUUUCCCAUUAUAACAUAAAUGAAAAAUUAUCAAAUAAAUGUUGAAUCCUUGUCUAAUUUAUUACACCAUACAGAAUUGUUACAA